AUGGUCAAAUUAGAAGAAAUACACGACGAAGACGCUCUCCACGACGAUGAAGAAGAAAUCUCUGACAACGACUCCACCUACUCUACAGAUUCUGCUGCAUCAAACGACUACGAAGAGUCGAUAAUCGAAAGAAUAUGGGCGUUACGUGAUAUCAUACCACAGGAAACACGCGAGUCAAUAUCGACCAAUGUGUCGCGUGUGUGGAAUUUCGGGUGGCGAGGUGCUAACUUUGUCGGGAAUACGUUGUGGGUGUUGACUACUACGGCGUUGUUGUUAGUCAUGCCGUUGGCGUUAGAAAUUGAACGGGAGGCUGCGAUUGUGCAAAUGGAGAACGAGCAAAAGGCAUUG